AUGUCCGAGACAAAAGAUUCAGAUCAGUCGGAUUCGUCAGAUUUUGAACAUCCAUAUAACGGAUUUGAUCUCGAAACUCAAAGUCAUGUCAGAGAUCUAGCGAGAUCCCUAACACAAUUAAGUUCCAUUCAAUCAGGUUCCAAUGUAAACGUAAAUGUCAAUGACGGUCUCACUGUCCCAGACGGUGAAGCUCCCAAAUCACUUUAUUCUCUAGACGUAGAAGGGAUGAACCCCGUAUUUACAAACCCUAAUGAUGAAGGUUAUAAUGAACAUUUAGACCCAAAUAGUGAUAAUUUCUUAAGUACAGCAUGGGUUCAAAAUAUGGCUAAUUUAGCUGCUGCUGAUCCUGAGUUCUAUAAACCUUAUGCUUUAGAUUGUACAUGGAAAAAUUUAUCUGCAUCUGGUGAUUCAGCCGAUGUAUCAUAUCAACAAACAUUCCUUAAUAUGGGUUGGAAAUUAUUAACUGCAGGUUUAAGGGAAAUUCUACCUGCUAAAGAAGGUUCCACUUUCCAAAUAUUAAAACCAAUGGAUGGGCUAUUGAAAUCUGGUGAAUUAUUAGUCGUUCUUGGUAGGCCGGGGUCUGGGUGUACCACCUUAUUAAAAUCAAUAUCUUCAAAUACACAUGGGUUUAAUGUUAGUAAAGAGUCAAUUAUAUCAUAUAAUGGUCUUACUCCAAAGGAAAUUAAUAGACAUUAUAGAGGUGAAGUUGUUUAUAAUGCUGAAUCUGAUAUCCAUUUACCUCAUCUAACUGUUUUUGAAACAUUAGUUACUGUGGCAAGAUUGAAAACCCCUCAAAAUAGAAUUAAAGGUGUAGAUAGAGAAUCAUAUGCAAAGCAUGUCACAGAAGUGGCAAUGGCAACGUAUGGGUUAUCUCAUACAAGAAAUACUAAAGUCGGUAAUGAUUUAGUUAGAGGUGUUUCAGGUGGUGAAAGAAAGCGUGUAUCCAUCGCAGAAGUUUGGAUUUGUGGUUCUAAAUUCCAAUGUUGGGAUAAUGCAACAAGAGGGUUAGAUUCUGCUACUGCUUUAGAAUUCGUUAAAGCUUUGAAAACUCAGGCAACAGUGGCAAAAUGUGCUGCAACUGUGGCAAUCUAUCAAUGUUCUCAAGAUGCUUACGAUCUUUUCGAUAAAGUUUGUGUCUUAGAUGAAGGUUAUCAAAUAUAUUAUGGUCCAGGUAAUGAAGCAAAACAAUAUUUUGAAGAUAUGGGAUAUGUUUGUCCUCCAAGACAAACUACUGCCGAUUUCUUAACAUCUGUCACAAGUCCCGCUGAAAGAAUAUUGAAUAAAGAGAUGUUGAAAAAAGGUAUCUCAAUCCCACAAACACCAAAAGAUAUGGGAGAACAUUGGUUAAAAUCAGAAAAUUAUAAAAGAUUGAUGGAAGAAAUUGAUGAAUCCUUAAAGCAAAAUACUGAUGAACAACGUGAAGUCAUGAAGGAAGCUCAUAUAGCUAAACAAUCAAAAAGAUCAAGACCAACUUCUCCAUACGUCGUUAGUUAUAUGAUGCAAGUUAAAUAUAUUCUUAUAAGAAAUAUAUGGAGAAUCAAAAAUAGUUCAAGUAUUACAUUAUUCCAAGUCUUUGGGAAUUCCGUUAUGGCCUUUAUUCUAGGUUCCAUGUUUUAUAAAGUUAUGAAGAAAGGAGAUUCUUCCACUUUCUAUUUCCGUGGUGCUGCUAUGUUCUUCGCUAUUUUAUUUAAUUCAUUUUCAUCAUUAUUAGAAAUUUUCUCAUUGUAUGAGGCAAGACCCAUUACAGAAAAACAUAGAACAUAUUCAUUAUAUCAUCCAAGUGCCGAUGCCUUUGCAUCAGUCUUAUCUGAAAUUCCCCCUAAGAUCGCAACUGCUAUUUUCUUCAAUAUUAUCUACUAUUUCUUGGUUGACUUCAGAAGAGAUGGUGGUGUUUUCUUCUUCUAUUUCCUUAUCAGUAUAGUAGCUACAUUUGCACUUUCCCAUUUAUUUAGAUGUGUCGGUUCAGUUACGAAAACAUUAUCAGAAGCUAUGGUACCUGCAUCUAUGUUACUAUUAGCUAUUUCCAUGUAUACCGGGUUUGCAAUUCCAGAAACUAAGAUGUUAGGUUGGUCAAGAUGGAUUUGGUAUAUUAAUCCUAUUGCUUAUUUAUUCGAAUCCUUGAUGAUUAAUGAGUUCCAUGAUAGACAUUUCCCAUGUGCUCAAUAUAUUCCAACUGGUCCUGCAUAUAUUAACGUUACUGGAACUCAACGUGUCUGUGGUUCUGUUGGUUCUAUUCCAGGUCAAGACUACGUUGAUGGUGAUCGGUUCUUAAGAGAAAGUUAUGGUUAUCAACAUAAACACAAAUGGCGUGGUUUCGGUGUCGGUAUGGCUUAUGUUGUAUUUUUCUUCGUUGUGUAUUUGGUACUUUGUGAAUAUAAUGAAGGUGCAAAACAGAAAGGUGAAAUUCUAGUCUUCCCACACAGUGUUGUCAGAAAAAUGAAAAAGCAAGGUACGUUAGAUCAGAACCAAAGUACAGAUCCAGAUGAUAUUGAAAACAAUGCGGGGACUGAUGAAAGUAAUACUACUGAGAAAAACAUGUUACAAGCUACUUCAAGUAAAUCGUUAUCUCUUCGAAAAAUUGAAUCACAAGUCGGUAUUUCAAAAUCUGAGGCUAUUUUUCAUUGGAGGAAUUUGUGUUAUGAUGUUCAAAUUAAGAAAGAAACAAGGCGUAUUUUAUCUAAUGUUGAUGGUUGGGUUAAACCAGGUACUUUGACCGCUUUAAUGGGGGCCUCCGGUGCUGGUAAAACCACUUUAUUGGAUUGUUUGGCUGAGAGAGUUACAAUGGGUGUUAUUACUGGGAAGAUAUGUGUCGAUGGACGAUUAAGAGAUACUUCAUUCCCAAGAUCCAUUGGUUAUUGUCAACAACAAGAUUUACAUUUGAAAACUGCCACCGUGAGAGAAUCCUUGAGAUUCUCUGCCUAUUUACGUCAACCAGCUAAUAUCUCUAUUGAAGAAAAAAAUAAGUAUGUGGAAGAGGUUAUCGAUAUUUUAGAAAUGGAACCAUACGCUGAUGCUGUUGUGGGUGUUGCAGGUGAAGGUCUGAAUGUUGAACAAAGAAAAAGAUUAACAAUUGGUGUCGAAUUAGCUGCUAAACCUAAACUAUUAGUUUUCUUAGAUGAACCAACUUCCGGUCUAGAUUCCCAAACUGCCUGGGCCACUUGUCAAUUAAUGAGAAAAUUAGCUGAUAAUGGUCAAGCAAUUUUGUGUACCAUCCAUCAACCUUCAGCUGUCUUGAUGCAAGAAUUUGAUCGUUUAUUAUUUUUACAAAAAGGUGGGAAAACAGUAUACUUUGGUGAACUAGGUGACGGUUGUCAAACAAUGAUUGAUUACUUUGAAAGUAAAGGUGCCCAUAAGUGUCCUCCGGAUGCUAAUCCUGCAGAAUGGAUGUUAGAAGUUAUAGGUGCCGCACCGGGAUCACAUGCUUUACAAGAUUACCAUGAAGUUUGGAAAAGUUCCGAAGAAUAUAGUGCUGUACUAAGUGAAUUAGAUUGGAUGGAAACAGAAUUACAAAAGAAAGCCAAAGAAUCCACUCCUGAGGAGAGUAAAGAAUUUGCUGAAAAUCUUUUCUACCAAACAAAGUUGGUUACUGUCCGUGUUUUCCAACAGUAUUGGAGAUCACCUGAAUAUUUAUGGUCUAAAUAUGUUUUAACAGUUUUUAACAUGGUUUUCAUUGGAUUUACAUUCUUCAAAGCGGAUCACACAAUGCAAGGGUUACAAAAUCAAAUGUUAUCUGCAUUUAUGUUCACAGUUAUUUUUAAUCCACUUCUACAACAGUACUUACCAGGUUUUGUCCAACAAAGAGAUUUAUAUGAAGCUAGAGAACGCCCUUCAAGAACUUUUUCCUGGAUUGCAUUUAUUAUAUCGCAAAUCAUUGUUGAAAUUCCAUGGAACUUCAUAGCAGGAACUAUUGCUUACUGUAUUUAUUAUUAUGCCGUUGGAUUUUAUGCCAAUGCCUCUGAAGCAAACCAAUUGCACGAGAGAGGUGGUCUAUUUUGGUUACUGGCUACUGCUUUCUUUGUUUACAUUGGUUCUUUGGGUAUUGCCGCUAUAUCUUUUAUUGAAGUUGCUGAAACAGCUGCUCAUCUUGCAUCUUUACUGUUUACAAUGGCCUUAUCUUUCUGUGGUGUGAUGGCGACGCCUAGUGCUAUGCCUAGGUUCUGGAUUUUUAUGUAUAGAGUCUCUCCUUUGACCUAUUUAAUUGAUGCAUUACUAUCGGUCGGUGUUGCAAAUGUACCCGUUGACUGUGCCGAUUAUGAAUUUGUUCAGUUCACCCCUCCACCAGGUAUGACUUGUGGUGAGUAUAUGCGACCAUAUAUUACAUAUGCAGGUACAGGAUAUUUACAAGAUGAAUCGAACACCGAACAAUGUGCAUUCUGCCAAUUCUCCAAUACAAAUGACUUUUUGAAAACCGUUAGUUCUGAUUAUUCUAGAAGAUGGAGGAAUUGGGGUAUUUUUAUUUGUUAUAUUGCAAUCGACUAUAUGGCAGCAGUGUUAUUCUAUUAUCUAGCAAGAGUGCCUAAGAAGUCAGGAAACGUCUCUGAAAUUGCUGAAGAACCUUCAAAAUCAGUGAAAUCGGUAAAAUCGGUAAAAUCUUUCAAAUCUUUAAAACGUACUAAAUCAGCAAAAUCAGCAAAAUCAGCAAAAUCAGAACAUUAA